AUGUCUGAAACGUUCGACGUAAUUGUUCUCGGUGCUGGGAUUGCUGGUCUUGCUGCAGCCAAGAUUCUCUCGAAGGAGGGGCUCAAAGUAGUUGUGUUGGAGGCUCGCAAUCGUCAUGGAGGACGCGUUCACACGAUUUACCCGUUUCUUGGCGAUGGUAGACCCUCCUUUCCAAUAGAUCUUGGAGCUAGUUAUCUUCACGGAUGUUGCAGUGACCAGGAAGUACAGCCAUUGUUCACACUUGCUCAUCGUCUCAAAGUCACAAGUAUCACCUGCCCCGGGGAUACGCUUGGACCAUAUCGUGGUUGGGAGUGUCCUGAGGUUGCCGUUUGGCGCGACCCCAAAAACGGUGAAAAGGUUGACAUUGAGCAAGUGGCACAGAUGAGCUUCCUUCUCGACCGAUGUCUUCUUCAUUCGCUAAUGCUUACAUCCAAAGGAACAUCUUCUAGCCCUCUGAAUCCUCGGAGUUUGGCUCAUGUCCAAGAGUUGGCAUUAAACGAAAGCAUUGGUGUACUCUACAAAAGCGGUCAGCGAGCCAGCCCCUACCUGUCAGACCACGAGCGCGGCAUUUUUGACGCGCUCUUUGCUCGGUACAUUGCUUACGUGAACCCUCCCUCCCGUCUUCCAGCUCGCCUUGAAUUGGGCGAGUUCUAUGAACAUGACGCUCUUUCUGGCGUUGCCAACGAUCCUGACCGGCCAUCUGCAGCUGAGCGCCAGGCCUGUGUUGAUUGGUUGAAACAAAAACGCGAAUUCCUCGCUACCCGGCCCCUUCUUGGCGGCUGGCCUAAGUACGUAAAACACAAGACCGAAGACCGCCUUGUCCUCUCCGGGUUUAGCCAAUUUACGGAUUUUUUGGCCGAUGGUCUUGAUAUUCGGUAUGGAGAGGUGGCUCGCCAUGUUGACUGGACGAAUACCAAUGAGGUGAAAGUGAAAACCGAUCACGGAGGUGUUGUCUACGCGGCGCAAUUCUGUAUCAUCACUCUGCCAGUGGGGGUACUUAAAGGUCUGCGACACGAGAGCGCGGUCACUUUCGUCCCGACUUUGCCAAUGAGGAAACGAAAAGCAAUCGAUAAUUUAGGCAUACCUCAGUCUGGCUCUGCUACUCAUAAUAAGAUUAUACUUAUCUUCCGUCCAGAGGAUAUCUUCUGGGAUCGUAAUGCAGCCCAGUUAAACAGUUCGGAUGGUAGACUGCACGUGCUAAACCUCGAUUUGCUGGGAAAUCGAGGCACAUUAAUGUGUCAUGUGUGGGGCGGUUCUCAUCUGCGUCUUUUCGGCCGCUCAGACGGCGCCGUAAUCGAUGAGGUCAUGGGCACCCUGGCCGGGAUGUACCAGCUUUCAGCGCCUCUGCCUCGGCCCAUUUUCAGCCACGUAACUCGAUGGUCCGAGGAUCCCUUCAGCUUGGGAGCCUACACUGCGGGAGAACCGAACAGUAGUGGCGACGAAGACAGGCAUGCUUAUGCUGCAAGUCUCCCUUCUGCUGUGAGUCGGUAUUCCAGUUUUCAAGUUAAUUGGCUCAAUGAAGCCGUAGGAUGGAAGAAAAGGGUAUUGAACAAGGGCGCACUUAACACCUGUUCUAUGGGUCGGCCACGCCUUUUGUUUGCUGGUGAGGGGACAAUUGACAGUCAGGGAGGGCAGCAGUGUACACACGGUGCCUUUUUAUCAGGAAUUGAACGCGCAUUUGAUGUGCUGGACCACAUUCAACAGGGUGGUCGCUGCCGUCUUCGAGACGUCCGAAUCAUCGACUACCUGAUCAGUCGAAGCCGAAAGAACCCCCCACCUCCACACGGAAUGGUCCGUCGUGGAAUGAAACCCACCUCUCCUCUCUCCAGCGGUAGCAGUGCCUCCCUUACACCACCUUCCACUCCCAGCAAAACCAUCCACCGCAAACGUUGUCGUCGCGACUCUGGAAAUUCCGACGAUAGUCUAGAUGGCCAGACAACACCCUCUUCUUCUUCAACUUGUUCCAUGGAUUCAGUUGGUCUGCGUCGAUCUAGUAGACCCGCAACUUGGGCGUCAUCUCGCGCCUCGAAAAAUUCUCCUAUUCCAAAGAAACGCGCCCACCAGUGCUAUGUGAUUUCCGAUUGCAGUACCGACAGUGUUGGGGACACUUCGUCAACCCCUGCUUCUCCACUAGUGAUUCGACUUAAAUGCUGUUCUGGCGAUGAGAGCUCGGCUGUGUCACCAUUAGCAUCUAUUCGAGACAAUUUCAAACUUCCGCCAUCCGAAUCUCGUGAAGUGCUCACCCCUGAGGCACCCAAGAGAUAG